GGCGCAGUAAUAACUUAGGCAGACCUGGGCCAAUCCAGAUUAGGGAUUCGUCAUCCGGAUUGGGAUUAGUAGAUCACUCACUAAUUAAUAAUCCAAGCUUUAAAAAUAAUUUCUAAUACCAAAUCAAAAUUAUUCAAAUCAACUCAACAAAAUAUUUAUUGCAAAAUUAAUCCAAAAUCUGGAUUGGUCAUAAAUCUUAUCAGAGUGUGUGAAGCUUAAUUCCCCGAGUUUUACUGGGUACACACAUACUCCACACACUGACGGAUACCGGCGUUUUAAGAAGGAGGCCGAAGUUCAAACAGGAAUUUUGAAAUAGGACUCAUCAUCAAAAAACAUGAACGUGAUUCUGAACACGGUGGAAGACAUAUUCGUCACGGUCAGCGUCCCACUUUACGAUACUAUCGUCCCAAUUUUUCGUAAAGUCCGGUUCUUCAUCUUGCUCCCGUUUACCCCGAUUUUGAAGCUGAUCACGGACCAUGCCUUCGCCCGGAUCGGGGUUACGCUCGACUCCGACAUGAAAUCACACCCGGACAUGGUUAUCCUGGAUAAGCGAUUCUACGCAAGGUUAUGGUCCGAUCAGCUGAUCGGUUUGGAGGAAAUGUACGUCGACGAGUGGUGGAAGACGGAAAAUAUCCAACUUUUGUUUGACAAGAUUAUAACCGUUAUUGACAAACAUCGGUGGUUUUUCAAGUUCCACAUCGCCCACUGGGAGGGAAGGUUUAGAUGGGGCUUUUUGAACACGGGGCGGGCCGGGCACAACUUCAAAGCGGCGGAGGAAUAUGAACUACCUGUCGAGUACUUCAAACUUCUCACCGACAAGGAGCACAUGCAACACUCGGCCGGCUACUAUGUCAACGGGGCGACCACGUAUGCCGCCUCGCAGGUCGAGAAGCUCAAACUGAUCGCGUCGAAACUUGAGCUCAAAGCGGGAAUGACGCUGCUCGAUGUCGGCUGUGGGUUUGGCGGUCUAGCCAAAUUCAUGGCGGACCGUCACGGGGUCAGUGCCGUGGGGGUCACGAUUUGCGAAUCGAUGUCAAAGGCAGCCAGGAAUCACUGCAUUGGGAGCAAAGUUACCAUUAAGCAUCAACAUUGGCGGGAAAUGGAGGGGAAAUUUGACCGCAUUACGAUCAUUGAAAUGUUGGAACACGUUGGGAAACAGAAUUAUGAUGAGUUCUUUAGAAAAAUAGAAUCCCUCCUCAAACCUGGUGGUCGGGUUUUACUUCAACAUUACGCCAUGGACCCUGGGACUCUGCACUUUACCGAAUUUAUCUGUAAAUAUCAAUUCGGUCAGGUGUACUUCCCCGAUUUCGCCGAGUUCGUUUCUCCGUGUUCCCGCUACUUCCGGAUCUCCAACGUUCAGGACUUUUCCUUGGACGCAGAAGGAUGCGGGCACCACUUUAUCGGCAUGAUAGAAGAUAAUCGGGCCGAGUUGGAGGCCUUGGUGGGACCCAGGGUUGUAAGGGCCCUCCGAACCUCGUAUGCGGAAGCCCUUGCCAAUUCUAAGAUCAGGAGCGUCAUGAUCUACCAGACCGUCCUGGUCGGAAAGGAUGACCGGACCCGGGUACCGGUCCAGUAAUCCAAAUCGAUAAGGCGUUAAACAAAAUUCGCCCUAGAUAAUUUAGUGAAAAUUAAAAUUUCAAAGUUAAAUUAAAGAAAAUUACUGAAUUAUUUUUUUCUUAAAUUAGGAAAAUUAAAAAGUUAAAAAAUAAUAGGAAGAAUCCACCACGGGGUUUGAAAGCUUCUGACUUUGCAGUUAUAUUUGUUUAAAAAGGCUUGAAUAAAGGUUCCAUUGUAAAAUUUCCCAUUUUUUAGGACAAUUUUUUUAUUGACUUAAAAAAAUGUUCCCAAAAAUUCAAAUAUACUAUAUUGCAAAACCUGUAAUGUUGCAAAUAACAAUUUGGCAAUGUAACAAAUGGUAACUCGUGAACGAUUUUAUAACCAAGUUCUUCAUCUCUUCAAUUACUUGAAUGUGACAAGUUACUCCUCAAGACGCUUACGUUUUGUAUGUAACGAUUAUCUGGAAAUAUACAUAAAUAAGCCAAAAUCCAUA